AUGCGAUAUUCCGAAAGAUGCUACGUUCUCGGCCAUUUGUUCACGUUCCUGAUCGCCCUGGCCAUCACCGCUACGCUCAUAUUCUUCAUCAAUGCGGCCACGUCACCAUCACCGUCACCAUCAGUUACCGUAUCCCUCUCGGAUGUUCAACCGACGAGCACCGAAAAACCGUCAAAAGUGUGGGACACUAUGGACGGAGAGGGAUAUCAGUUCAAGGCGACCGUAAGAGUAUUGUAGACGUUCGAGAAACAUCCAAUAUUAAUAGUGCUCAGGACGAGCAAGUGACUUUGGAUAAAAGAUACGAGGAGCUGAGCAAGUUGCCCAGUUGCGGACAGUUGUCUCAGGUGCAGGAGGAGGUGAAGGCGAAAUUGGGAAAUGUGAAGAAGCAGUUCGCCGAGUGCAUCACUCCGAUUGUCGAGCAAUGGAGGGGAAACGCCAGAGAAGUGAAUUAAUGUCCAAGGCUUUCUAUGGGUCUUACUAGAAAAUAUGAUCCUUGAAAAACUGAAGAAAUCCUCUCGUUGAGAUCAUUCGAUCCAUGUAGGCUUUGUUCCGAAAUACCAACUUUUCAAAGGAUCAUUCCUCUAUUCAGAUGAAUGUCGAUUGGGUUGAAAAGGCGGCAAUUUGUGAUCAGUUGCCCGUCUUCCAAACGCUUGGAAUCGUGCCGUUCGCCAAUCUCCAUGAAAUCAAAUGGACAAUCCUUCCGAGAUGUGUAAGCUUUGUCCGAACUUUUGUGAUGGAUAGUUGAAGUUUAGACCGAGCAAAACGUGCUUCUCACCUUGGGAGUCGGGCAUGAUACGGUCGCCGAAGAGACACUAAACCGCACUCUUCCCAACACGAAAUUCUACGGCGCCGAUCCGAUCAUCGAGCCGAAUCGGCAACUGUUCUCGGCUGUUGGCAAGUUUUUCCCGUUUGCAAUCGGCCGCAAUCCCGGCUUUUCGACGUUUCGAGUGCUGCCCAACCAGAAUCAAAAGACGAGAAAUUACGUGUAUCAAGAUGUGACGACCAUCGAUUUGAUCUACUUUUUAAAGGGAGUUCUCAAGUUGAAGGUUUCACACUAUUCCGGUUACAGUACUCGAGUAAUCAAUGUUCAGAAGAUCGACUUUGCGUGGAUUGACAUCGAAGGCGGCGAGUUCGAGUUCAUCGACAUGCUCCAUCGGGACGGACCACUCGACAAAGAGGGCAUCUCGAUUUGUCAGUUCAACUUGGAAGUCCACUCGAAGUUCCAUCCGCCGGGCGCACAAAUCUAUCACGACUUUAUUUUCAAAGUGCUCGAGGAGCAGCGAUACGUUUUCUUGCAGUCGUUGCACACGGACGUCGGAGUUCAUCGAAUGUAUUUCAUUAAUGUUGAGAACACAGAGUGUAUCGCCAAGUUUUUCAAUAAAUAUUAGACGUAGGCAACAAAGGCGUUCGUUCACAAUGACUAGUAACAAUAUCCGACCAAAAUGUAUAAGUUAUCUGUAACCGAACCAGAGCAUCUUCGGAACGUGUGCCGCCGAAGUGAAUUCUGAACUGCAGCUCAAUAAGGUACGCAGAAACACUCCCAAUAACAAAACUAAUGUUGUAGACUCUUCCGAACGUGAAAUUGCUCAGCGCCGAUCCGAUCAUCGAGCCGAAUAUUGAGUUGUACUCGCCGUUCGGAAGGCGCUUCCCGUUCGCAGUCGGACGACAGUCUGGCACUGAAAAGGAGAUCACGAAAUUGCCAUUUUGAACUACUUUUACAAAGGCGGCAAGUUCGACCAGGACGGCAUCACAAUCUGACAAUUCAACGCAGUGUUGCAUCCGCAGAACGUCACGUGAGGAGAUUGCAAGUUUCUGAAGGCGAGGAGUACGGGCGUCGGAGUCUUCCGCGCUGUUUUUUUUAUUAAUAUGGAGUGUCCAAAGUGUCUCAUUUAUCCCCUAAAUGUUAAGAAAUGUUCGGAAACUGAAUUCCGGUGCAGAACGGUCACAUUCGAGAUCCUCAUUCAUCCGGAACGAGCUCUCAAUUCGUAAUUCGUAGAUAUUAUCUGCCCUAAAACUAGAUGCAAACUUGUUUUCACAACUGAAUCAAUCAGAUAUUCAUCGGCCAAAUUCCCGUCUCAAACGGAAACAACUCGCUAUUUUUCCAUGUUGUUUCCUCCAAACAGUCAAUUCAAUGCAUGCACUGGAUUUCGUUCCAAAUGUGUCGAAGGUACAUCAUCUCUUCAUAUUUUUCAAUGUUCCAUAAUAGUUGUCUUGUUUCAGUGGCUCCAUGGCGAAUGGGUCCGAGACUCGGAAUUCUGUGCUCUCUAGUCACCUCGACUUUCAUCAUGUUUCAUGUAGUUCGAAACGCGAACAACUAUUUACAAGCGGAAAUUAUAUUACCCACUGACACCAAGCAUCCGAUAUUUCAAGCGUUCUACAAUUGUGUCACUCCUCAUUUGAAUCCUCUCAAAGGAGAUUUUGAUAAGGUUUGGUUGUCGUUUCACUACAAAAAUUAAUUUAUUUCAGUUUUACCACAACUUUGUCAACUUGACAGCCGAUUGUGACAAGUUGCCGGCCUUCGAAGCACUCGCCAUUCUACCACUGGCUAAUCAGGACGAGGUGAAGCACGUGGUGUUGCCCUUGACUAACGAGACCAUCACAAUGAUCACGUUCGGCAUCGGACACGACACUGACGCUGAGGAGUCGCUGAAAAAGAUCUAUCCGCAGACGGAGUUCUUCGGAUUCGAUCCGAUUGCCGAGAUUAAUAAAGAGCUGUACGAAAAGAUCGGCACCUAUAUUCCGUUGGCAAUCAGUGGAAGCAGUGGGUCACAGAUAUCACAUGUCUAUAGAGGUAAGUAGAAGAAGGUAUCCGCUUAACUUAAACUUGGUAAUCACAGACAAAUACAACGAUGAAGUGCUUCUGCACAUUGGCGCAGGCUACUAUCUCGACGAAGUUCUGCAGAAGAAGAGAAUCGACGUUCUGUGGGUGGACACCGAAGGACAAGAGUACUCGCUUCUCGGCUUAUUCCACGCCGGCGGCGAAUUCGAUCGACGUGGCAUCAAAGUGUGUCAGAUGAACUUUGAGGUGAGCAUUGAGGACAAUAAGUGACGAAAGAAUCGCGCGCACACAGAUGCAUUUGAAUGUUACGCCCGGAGUGACGAACGAGACACAGAAGUUUCAUGACUUUGUCUGGCGGAUUUUGGCCGAUGGAAAGUACGUAAUGCUCCGACCGUUCUACGUUGUCGCCCAACAAUUCCGAUUCAUCCGCACAUUUCUGGUCAAUGUGAAAGACAAAGAAUGCACUGAUUUGUACAUUCAAAAAUAA